UUAAAUAUAUCCGUGUUUGUGUGGUUGGAGAUGAUAUCUAUAUACAUAGCCAAUGUUGUGCAGAAAUGAAAAAGUCAGUAUCGUAUCUUGUGGACAUCAAAUUGUUAAAAAGCGUGAUUCUUGAAUGCCAGUGUGACUGUGCUGCUGGAAUGGGCCCUGGUUCGCACUGUAAGCAUGUUGUUGCUGUGUUGUAUGCCUUCCACUUGUUCACUCAAAAUGGAGAAGUGUAUGCUGCAACUACAUGUACACAGAGACUUCACUUUUCAUUACAGCAAAGCCUACCGAGGAACACCAAUAAAAUCAACAGACCUGCAGCUUGUGAACGGUCAAAAUCAUAGAUUCAGUUUUGACCCAAGACCACCCAAGUACGCUAACGCUGGAAACUUUAGCUAUAAAGACUAUUUUCAGAAUACCUGCUUGAAUGCAACAGGUGUCUCAACUACGCCCAUUUUCCAGCUGUUUAAGCCUGCUAAUCCGUAUGCAGUGGCACAUGACCACGACUAUUGUUUUGAUACAAUGCAAAACGACUUCUUGUCAUCUAUUUCACUCCCCAACAUAACCCAGGAAAAGAGGACAGAAAUAGAGCAUACAACUCGAGGACAGACUGGAAAUGCUGCAUGGUUUGAGGAGCGUUGCAAGCGGCUUACUUCAUCCAACUUUGGCCGCAUAUGUAAGGCCACAGAUAAAACUGACUUUAGAAAAUUGGUGAGAUCAUCUACAACUGUGACCAAAAUCAAAUGCGCCCCAAUACGACAUGGACAGCGAUGUGAAAAAAUCGCCUUGGCCAAAUAUGAAGAAACAAAUAAUGUGAACACGAGAAGCUCAGGACUUGUGGUUAGCCUUACUCACCCUUACUUGGCUGCAUCUCCUGAUGCUGUUGUCGAUGACAAUCUGUUGGUCGAGAUAAAAUGCCCAUAUGUAGCACGUGAACGAUCCAUUACCCCAGUUAAUGUCCCAUAUCUCGUUCAGGACAGCUAUAGUGAUGAACUGAAACUUCUUAAACAACAUAACUACCAAGUUCAGGGCCAGUUGUUUUGCACUGGAGCUACUAUGUGCGACUUUACAGUGUUUACGUUUAAGGAUAUGAAAGUUAUCCGGAUCAUGAGAGAUGAUGAGUUUAUUAAAGACAUGUUAAAAUGCUUAGAAAACUUUUUUCAGUCACAUUUUCGCACUGCUGUCUACAGUCUCUACUCAUGGUCAUGAAUGCAGUAAUUACUGAAUAGAAAUGUAAAUAUCGCCAGUAAAUCUAGCUUUUUUAUCACUUGUGUCACAUUGUCAGUCAUACUUCAAAUAAAAAAUUAGAAGAUGAUAUUAUAUAAAUGACAACAUGCAUUUUAUUGCUGAAUAAAAUAUACAAAUUUGAUGAUUUUUAAAAUAUGCAUUCUCUUAAAUCAUUACACAGUUCUCUAUAGGGCUUGCUAGCAAUCAUCCAUUGACAGGUUUUUUUACAUCUUGGACUAUGCCAUUUUAGAUACAAUGCAACUCCUGAAAUUACAUAGCAUGUAACAAACAAAGAUGAUUUCACUGCUCAAGUUUGUUUCAGGACCGGUCAUGGGUUGAGUUAAAAUUUUGUAUGUUUUUCCUAAUCCUAUAAUUCUCUCGAUGUGUACCCUCUUGCUAGCUAUUUUACGGUCUUUUAUUACACACUCUCCAGACAUACGGUUUUUUUUCUUAAAGAAAGUGGGAAUGUUGACAGUAAUAUUGAAUGGGGCAAAUAAGUCCUGUAUGUUAAAACCUUUGUCAGCCAUUAUGGAAUCACCUGGGUCACAAGAUAUUUGUAUGUGGCUUCUUUCGAUGAUUUGCCGGUCACUGACAGAGCCACCAUAGCUAGGGGAGAUGUAGGAUACUAGUCCACCAGGCGUGCAUCCAACCAAGUUCUUAACAGUAUUCCUGUUUUUGUAAGUUGAGAAUGUGCUCUGGUUAGCACGGGGUGCACUAGGUUUCUUAACAGGACAUUCAACACCGUCAAUGACUAUACGAGUAGUAGGGAA